AUGAUAAAAGUUUGGACAGCAAGUGAAAUUUCUUUAAGGCAGGUAAGAACGAGACUUGACCUCAUUGAACCCUCAUUAGCAAUUUGGUCUGGAUUUAAUUACCCGUUCAUUUGGUGUGGUCUGGAAUGUCUCAAGGAACAUAACUGCGUGUCCUUACUGUACAAUUCUACAGAGAUGUCUUGUAAGCUUUUUCGAGUCAUAUACAAUGAGGAUAAAGACGGAGAUGACACUGUAAAAUAUUACAUACUGGAUAGAGGAAGAACCCGCUGGGUACCAGAGUCUUGUAAAGAUGUCGCCACUUGCUCAGGAACAACGACAGAUGGCGAGUACUGGAUAUAUCCUCAAGCAACGAACAGAAAAAGAGUGAAGAUAUUUUGUAACAACAUGUCAUCUGAUCCAUUAGAAUAUAUUACUUUAAGAAACACAAAUUCCUUCAAUGAACACGAUAAAUCGAACUGGCCAAUCAUGUGGCAGCAAUGUCAGUCUAGUUAUAUACCACCUUUGAAGAGGGCAGAUUUCCAGAAAGUUGGAAUACAAAUUCAAACAAUGGAAGUUAAUGGAUUGGACUUCACUUUUGCAUUGUUGACUGGCACGCCUACGAUAUCGUAUGGAGAAAUAAGAGACUGCAAUGGUGAAUCCUUUCGGAGCCCCUGUCCACACUUUGCAAGAGCAACCAUCAAUACUAAAGGAACCGGACUGGUUAUUGAUCCCUCUCUGACUUGGGGAGUAAUCAAGGGCCAUUACCCAGAAAUAAGAAAUUUUCAAAAAUCGACAGAUGAUUCUGAGAUAUCCUUCACCUGUGCAGGAUGGUGUGCAAGAUGUGGACCAGCAUCGGGACCCAUUAUAUUUCAAUAUCAGCUGCGGAUGCACAAGCCUUGA